AUGCCUUCCAGCAGUAGCAGAGACGCUCCAUCAGGCUCGAGUAGCCGCCAAGAAAAGGACUCAUCGCAUAAGGACCGGCGCGAUGCGUCGCCUAAUCGGAAAGACCGGCAUAAGCACAAGCACUCCGAGCGGGACGAGACUGAGGAGGAGCGGAGGGAGCGGAAGCGGGCUAAGCGGGACAAAGAGGACAAGAGGGACAGGGACAGAGAUGAUGGGGAGAAGAAGUAUAAGCGGAGGAAGGAAGAGAGGGGUGGGAUGGAAGUGGUCGAUGAUGAUCAGGAGGAGGAUAUGUGGGUUGAGAAGGGGGUGUCUGGGGUGACUGAUACCCAGGACCCUAUAUCUAGUAUACCUUCCUCCGAAGCUUUGGCACUAAAGUCCAACGUCUCCGAGGCUACCUCAGCAACCCUACCGUCCACCACCCAUUCCACAUCCUACCCGAACGAACGCGACUCGUGGAUGCUCGAACCUGACGCCUCCGUCGCUCCUUCCUCUCGCCCACCCACCAGCGAUGCACCACACUCCGCCACCCUGAACGCAGCCGCUUCUCCACUUCGCACCUCCAAAGGCGAGGCAGACGAGCCCGACUUCUUCACCUCCUUCGGAACAGAGCACAAGCGCAAAGACCCCGAUGCGGGCAAGCCGGACCCCAACAAGCCCGCGGUGGAUUAUCGGGAACUCAACACGCAGCUCGUGCAGGGAAAGAAGCUGGACGAGUACGAGACGACUGAGCGGAAGAAGAAUGGGGCGGGGGGACCGGGAUGGCAGUUCCGGAUGAGGAAGUUGGCGAGGCUCAUCGAGCAGGCAGCGGAGAUGAAACGACCAGUAGAGGAAGUCGCAUUGGAGCGAUACGGCAAUAUCGACGAGUACAAUGAAGCCCUCGAAGAGCGUCGGGUACUGGACGAGCGCGAUUCCCGUCGGCUCUCUCGGCGGGGAACCUCCAACUCGGACGUCGGCGGUCCCUCGACACCGUCCACGGCGGGUAUGCGUACUCCGGGUGGAGAAGCCUCGACGAGGCGAUAUAUGUUUACCAAUACCUCAGAGGACCUAUCUCGGCCUGGAUCGCGAGCGGGAUUCCGGCGGCCUGGGGAGGCCGGAGGAGGGGCGGAGGGCCUGUCCACGCCGACCACAGCCGGGGCCGGGAGAGUGGACCAGCUCCGCCGAAACGGAUCCACCGCUCAAAUUCCCAAAGUGUCAACACCCAUCCCAUCGGUCUUUACGCCCCAAGCAGCCCUUCAGCGCUCGGGCUCCGGAUACCCUUUCGACCUCCCCGCGGGACAAGCGCUAGAGCCGGACCGACCGGCCUUGACGCUCGAGCAGCUCAACAGGCUCCAGGCCAAGGUGUUGCGUGCGAAAUUGAUGGAGGAUGAUAAUGCGGCCGAGCUGGAGGAGGAGUACGAGUAUGAGCGGCUCAGAUAUGAAGGGACGCAAGGGGGUGGGGAUGCCGGUGGGGAGAGGGGGAUUAGACGGAUGGAGGGCGGGAAGGAGGUACAGACCGAGGUGUUGCCGACGCUGGAUGGAGCGGGGAGGUUGUAUGAUGUUGGAUCGGGCGGAGGAGGGGUUGAGGAGGCGGAAGAGAGGAGGCCGGGGAACAGGAGGAAGAAGGUGGAGAAGUUUGAAACACGAGACAAGCAAGACAACCUCGUCCGAUAUAAUGCAGACGACGAUGAUCAGACCCUCGGCGAGCUGGUUCGGCAAGAACGCUUCGGCGCUGGGUCGGCCGAGCAGAAGAGUCUGGAUGCGGCCAUGGCGGGCGCGAUCGCUGGGGACGCAAAAUAUCAGGACAACCUGGAUUACGUCGAUGAUAAUGCGGAGAGAUUGGCGAGGCGGAAGAUGAAGUCGGAUGCUAUGAAGCGGCAGUUUGCGAUCAACGACUACGCACGGACCAAGAAAGCCCUCGACUCCUGCGCCCUCUGCCACCAAGAAGAUCGGAACCCCCUCACGGCCAUCGUCGCACUCGGUACAAGAAUCUACAUGUCGUGUACGCUCACCGAGGAGCUUGUUCCGGGCCAUUGUCUGAUUGUUCCUAUCCAACAUCAUUUGAGUACUUUGGAGUUGGAGGAUGAUGAUUGGGAGGAAAUACGGAACUUCAUGAAGUGCUUGAUGAGGAUGUACGCCAAGGAAAACAAAGGUGUCCUCUUCUUCGAAACUAUCCCGAGCUUCAGGCAGCAACGACAUACGUAUAUCGAGGCGGUACCCGUCCCGUUCGAGCUAUUCCAGGACUGUCCGGCUUACUUCCGCGAAUCCAUCCUCGCCUCGGAAUCCGAAUGGUCCCAACACAAAAAGCUCAUCGACUUCUCCACCCGUCCAGGCGGGUUCCGGCGCGCCCUCGUCGCGACUUUACCGUACUUUAUGGUCCAGUGGGAUUAUAAAGGCGAGAAGGGGUAUGGGCAUAUCAUUGAGGGGGAUGAUGAGAAUGCGGGAAGGGGAGGAGGGGAGGAUGGGGAAGGUGGGGUGUAUGAGGGAGAUAAAGGCGGGAGUGGGGGGUUUCCACCCAGAUACUUUGCAGCAGAAGUGAUAGGGAACGUCCUCGGUCUCGAACCGCGAAAAUGGAUGAAGCCGAAAAAGAUGGAUUACUCGCUGAACCCAGAGAGGGCGCGGGCGCUGGGCACAAAGUUCCAGCCGUACAACUGGACGCUGGAGCUGCAGGGAUGA